UCCAUGGUUCGAGAUAGGUUAAAAUGUUUGUGUUGACUUAUUAAUUUUUAUAUAGUAUUUGUACAAUGCCGCUUAUAAUUAUUACCGGUAUACCAUGUAGUGGUAAAACAACGCGGACUUCUGAAUUGAAAGAAUACUUUAUAAAUAGGGCAGGAAAAAAUGUUAAAAUUAUAAAUGAAAUCGACGUUGUGACUAAAGCAGGUUUUGACAAAAACGCAUUUUACGCUGAUUCUAAGAAAGAGAAAAGUGUAAGAAGCGACAUAAAGUCAGCAGUGCAGCGGCUGUUAAGUACAAAUGAUGUAUUAAUAAUUGAUGGUAGUAAUUAUAUUAAAGGCUAUCGUUAUGAGAUCUAUUGUAUGACAAAAUUGUAUAAAACUCCUCAGUCACAAUCUGCACAAUAUAGCAAAGAAAUCUUUGAUGCACUUGUAAUGAGGUAUGAAGCACCUGACAGUAAAAAUCGUUGGGACUCGCCAUUAUUUGCUGUAUCAGCGGAAGAUGAAUUGAAAUUUGAUGAAAUUUAUAGAUCAUUGUAUGAAGUGAAGGCACCAAAACCAAAUUUAAGUACACAAUGUCCACCAUUGUCAUCUACAAACUAUUUAUAUGACUUGGAUACGAUAACUCAAGAAGUUGUUAAUGCUAUAUUAUCAGCUAAACAACUGGGUAUUGACAGUGAAUUUAAAAUACCAGGCUAUAACUUAACAGUACAGAACCCUUGUACAGCAGCACAGCUUAUGAGAUUACGGAGACAAUUUUUAACUUACAGUAAAAUGCAACAAAUUGAAAUUAAUCAAAUUGCAUCAUUGUUUGUACAAUAUCUUAAUAAAAGUUCAUAA